CGGUUCGUGAAGCACAUACACCACAGCAUGUUUGGGAGUUCGGGUUUGUUGUACGUGUGCAUGGUUGCCUUGGUAACGAGCAGUGGUACUAGAGCGGAACCAGCGCCGUCCUUUGAAACCAUAGAUAACCUGUUCGAUGUAGAGGACCGCGUCAAAGUUCAUUCUAUUAAAGAUCCUGUCCCAGUGUAUAGGAAAGAUCUUGAGGAUGACUACGUGGCUUAUUGGCAGUUUACAGUGAAUGGUGACGAGCAGCUUAUUGUCUCGGCUGGCCCUCACACAGGAGACUACAAACUGGUUUUCCAGGGUAAAUUACCCACCAUGACGAGCAUACUUGAUCACAUCGCCUGGGAAGGUGGUCAGCAAUGUAACAGAUACUACAUGCUGUCUCCUGACGUCACCUUAAUGUGCGAGGAUGGAAAUGGUCGAGUGAUAGCAACAACCAGAGAUUCCUACAUUAAACAUCAGCCAAAACAUUCGAACGACACGUCUUUGCGGUACAGAUAUAUCGAGAAGAAUUGUCAUAAGGUAAAACAGGACUGGACUGAGAGAGCAAAGGAAGUGGGAGAAGACGGGGUUUGGGACGAAAUGAGCUUCAUACCUAAGGAGGCAAUACAUCAAACUGAUGAAGACGACUUGGAAGCUGACGGACUCUUCAUCCUUCAUCGCGGACAGACAGUUAAAAUUCCAUUCACAGGUAAAGAAAGAGUUAAGCUUUUCAGUCCAGACCACAGUGAGCACAGACUUUGUGAACUCUUCAAUAUCUGUACAGCUGACAAAAGAGGGAACGUGGACACGACUAUCGCUCAAAAGAACUCUUAUAACAUAUCCUAUAUCCCAUUAACCGUCCCUGAAUCCAUGCAUGGGAAAGACGUUCGGUUUAGUGUCCGUGUGUACACAAGUCUAGGCUUGGUGAUCAAGCGGUUUUAUAUCGACCUUAACACUCGAUCAAAACGACAAACAUACACUCCUUGGGUGGAGGUUAGUAUUGGACACGAAUCCAUUUUCCCAGACUAUCGUCAAUUCAAAAUCGAAUCUGGUUGUGCGGUGGGCUGCGGACCUGUAGCAUGGGCAAUGAUAUUCGCCUACUUCGACAGGCGUUCUCAUCUGCAGGCGGCUGUGUACGGAAGCGGAAGCCAGAAUCUCUUCCGGUGCGGCGCAGACGGUACGGCCGGAGCAGCUUCGUGUGUGGCCCCGAUUUCAAACAACAACCAGGUGGAGGAGUACCUUAAGGUAUUGCGAGGCAUCUUGAGGACCUUCUGUAUAAGAGGAGAGGGAGCAACCCUUCAACGCCGCAUGGACGACGUGGAGGGGUUUUUUAAGGCACGUCAAUCCUCUGGAUCCCCAGAUGUAAUUUCUCACAGAGUUCCCCUGAUAGGCUUCUUUGGGGUUUACAAUUCCAGGGUUAGGAGCAAAGGACUAGCUGCGCUGCGAGCUGGUUGGCCAAUCAUACCGGGCAUUCGUGUGGGCGGCCUUUUCUCUCAACACUACCCUGUGGCCACGAAGUACAGAUCGCGAGUAAAAACACAGAGGAGGUGCUUUUUCUGGAAAUGCUGGAACAAACGGACGACCGAGUACGAGAUGUAUCUUCAUAUGGGCUGGGGGGGCAAUCAAAACGGUUGGCGUUCUGCUAAGAUGUUUUUUGUUACCUAUGCAAAGUAUUAACACGUGCAGAAUUUGAUCCAUUAUUUUGCUGUAUUGGUUAAGGGAAUAUUUUCAAAUUAGUAAUUCAUAAAAUAUAUUGUGCAAGGAGUUUUGCUACAGACGUCAGAUAACCACCAAGACUACCUUGAUCGAUCAACAAUUUUUGUUAAUUGGAAAUUGGACAUUUCUGUGAAGGUACUGUUUCUUACAAAAACGGCGUACUCAUCUUUAAAUAAACAGAAAUAUGCA